GGCUCGCCGUCAGUACGCGUUCUCUCCGUGAGCCGCGAGCACCGUCCUAGCCCCGCGUCUCGGCUCCGCGCAAACUUCGACCCGAAACAAAUGAAGUUCGCGGCAAUCGCGAGUGUUUCUGUGUAAUCUGUGGUUGUAGCUAGUGAACUGGCCAUGGCUGGGCUGGUGCUAUUGUUAGUGUUGUGUGCGGGCGUCGUGGGAGCCGAGAGGAAAAUGACCAUCGCCGAGAAACUUCGGGAGGACGCUGAUUUGUCGCAGUUCCUGGCACUUCUGGAGCGGAAUGCGGUGGCCAACACGUCCCUGCAGUACCGGCAGCUGACGCUGUUCGCGCCCACCAACCAGGCCUUCCAGCGGUACGCCGGCGAGAUGGACGACUCGCUCGUGCUCUAUCAUAUAGCCAACCUGGCGACGACGCUCUCCAACCUGGACUACGCGAUAUCCUCGGACCUGGACGGGAACCCGCCGCUGUGGGUCACCCGGCGGAGCGAGGCCAUGCAUGAUGAUAUAUAUGUCAAUAACGCGAAGGUCGACAUCUCCAGGUCCUUCCAGUCUGUCAACCGGAAUGGGAAACGACAGGUGCUACACAUCAUCGACCAGGUGCUGCAGCCGCUGCAGCCGCACGGGCCCGGCGCGCUCGCCUCGCCCGUCUACAACCCCAACGCGUACCAGUUUCUGGAACAUUCCGACGUGUUUAACAUUGGGCCGCAUCGGCUGAGGUCUUUCCGACAGAAAGUUAACCAACUUCACAAAAAAGGGGUUUUGGACGCAGAGGGGAGGAACACUUUCUUUAUACCAGUUGAUGAAGGAUUCAAGCCGACGACCCGCUCGGACCUGAUCGACGGCAAGGUGAUCGACGGCCACGUGAUCCCUCGCCACGUGCUGUUCACUCACGCGACCCACAGUGACCGAGAGUACGAGACGGAAGCAUUCAGCGACAACGUCAAGGUUAUCAUCUCGUUCAGCACCACGAAGAAUGGGAUGGAAGAGCUUACAUACGUGAAGUCGAACACGGUGGCGGGCGACGCAAAGCACUCACGCGGCGUGGUGAUGGCCGACAUCGUGCGUGCGAAUAUCCCCGUCAAGAAUGGGGUCGUGCACCUCAUUCAGCGACCGCUCAUGGUCGUCGAUACUACUGUUGUGGACUUCUUGAAGACGAUGAAGGGGAUCGAGAAGGAGGACGGUCCCCUGUGCAAGCUGUACGAGGUGGUGAUGGACCUCGGCCCUAACAACCAGUUCCUCUCGGAGCUCCACAACCUGAAGGACCUCACUCUCUUCGCUCCUUCUAAUGAGGCGUGGAAUGAGUAUAGUGUGCAGAAUGUUAUCAGAAAUCAUCAGAAACUUCAGGAAAUCCUGAAACUGCAUUUAGUUCGAGAAAGGCUGCCCAUGGACCUCAUCAUUCACAACAACAUGAACCAGCAGUUACCAGGAUCCAUCUACCAAGCACCCACGGCCUCACCCAGGAAGUACUUAUACUUCAACGUGCUGACUAAAGGCAACAACCAGACGCUGACGGUGGAGGGCGGCGGGGUUAACGCCACCGUCACGCAGCCCAACAUCGCGGCGACUAACGGCUUCGUCCACAUCAUAGAUAGAGUGUUGGGAGUGCCGUAUACGACGGUGUUUGAGAAGCUGAAAACUGACCCGAUGCUUAACAUAACCUACAACCUGGGCAAGCGUCAGAUGUUCAACCAGCAACUCGGGGAAGCGGAGCACCGGUUCACGUACUUCGUGCCGCGCGACCACGCCUGGCUCAAGUUCCAGCUGCGACACCCCUCCGCAUUCAAAGCGCUGUUCAGGGAGGACAUUGGAUACUAUACGAAACAGAUCCUCGAGCGGCACGUGAUCCGUGCCGGCCGGGCGUACACCGUGUCGGACCUGAAGCUGUUGGCCAAUGAGACGCAUCCCUUCGUGCUGCCCACGUCGCGCGACCCGCUGCGGCUCAGGGUCAAGGAGAGCGACAAGAACUACUACGUGGAGUGGAACGGGCACUGGAUCCACGUGUUCCGGCCGGACGUGGAGUGCACCAACGGCAUCAUCCACGUCAUCGACGAGCCCUUCCUGCUGGAGAGCGACAUCCGCGCCACCGGCAAAGCUGCCAACCAGAUCCCUGCAGUAUUACUUCUUCUGAGCUCCAUGCUGCUCGCCCGGAUGCUGCGGGACUAGGCUGCCAGCUGCAGUUCCAAUGAGUCAAUUUGAAUUUGGAAUUUAAACCGCUCUCUUUUGUUUCACCGUUGCGUUUGCUUACAUGAGCAUGAGCAAUAAUAAGUCAUAAGGCUAUGACUAUAAGUGUCAAAGACAAUCUUAGCGGCUAAGUUAUUACGCGCCAACAUCACUUUUGUAACGUUUAUUUCUUAAUUAGUUCCUCCUUACGCAUUUCUUGGCGGCCAUGAUAUUGUGUGCUUUUAGUCACAAAUUUUAUUUAACUAGAAAUACUUUUAGGUUUCUUUAGCUAAGGGGUAUCAUUACUAGCUACAUAUACUUUAAUUAGAAAGUUAAUUGGGUAAUUUACUUAUAAAAAAUACACUGCCUUUUCAACUUCGAUGGAUUAAUGAUUAAGAACUUUUAUGACUUUGAGUUAUUUAUGAAAUUCCAUUAAUUAUCUCUAGAUACUUAUUAAAAUUAUUAUAUUAGGUAAGUACCUCUGAAAUUUUUCAUUAAUAGUCCAUCUGUGCCUUGUUUGGAAUUAUUAUAGAAAAUUAUUUGUCUUUUUCAAAAUCAUUCCCAUAUUCUUCUGUUGUAAAAGAAUUUAAAAUAUAGUGUAUUUAUUUAUACAUACAUUCCAAGCUAUUUAUAGUAAAUCAUCUAUUUAUACCAGAUUACUUAUUGAAUGAAAUCAUUGUUGAUUAUGAAGAUGAUAUUACAGGUGAUGUUUAUUAUGUAACAUUAUAUUUUGUAUGUUAUUGUGGGUAUGAUGAUUUUUAUAACUUACUAAGUAUAUUUUUCUCGUGUUCAUAAGUGUAUUUGCAAACAAAAUAUCAAAUUGUCUUAUAAAUCAAUUCAAAAUUUUCUUGCAAAGAUGAUUUAUGAUCAUUAUUAGUCUUAGUAAAGAAAUUAACCCAAGCUAUGUUCUAUAUAUUAUGUACGUAUUAAAACAGGUUUACAGAUUAAUGAUAAUUAUAAUACAACACAACUGGGCGCAGCUAAAAACCUUGCAAAUAAAAUAAUGAGAAAUGGAAAUAAAAACCAAUAAAAUGGUUAAACGUUAAACGUUAUGUGCGAAACACUUAGCAGUCCUCAAUGAGUUGCCAUAUUUACGUGUGGAUACAUUUUAUGGGAGUGGGAGUGGCCUGAAAUCUUUAUAAAUGGUAUUUAUUACCUUCAAAAUCAAGUAAAUACUUUGAGUACUCAAGAGACUCUUCGCAUGUAAUCAUAUGAUUAUGAUUUUUUUACCACUAAUGAAACUGAUUCAAGUUUAACGGGUGUUAACAUACGGUUUCUGACAUCCUCUUGACAGCAUUUAACAAUUGUCUAAGUUAGUGUAGUAUUAUUCUUUCAACUGAAGUGUUUGCUGCUUUAUAGAUUCUCUGUAAAUAGCCAUAACAUGGUGGUGGCUAUAUAAUAUUAUUAAGUAUACACAAGUACCAAUACAUUUUAUUCUGAUUGGCUGAAUGUCACAUAACUUCUCCGAGCCUGUGUGUUUCUAGUUACAACAAGUAUUGUAUAUAAGGGAAGCGUUUGUCUGUAUGAAAGUCUUAAUUUUACAACGCCGAUGUAUAUAAUAUAAUUUGUGUAAGCUAUUAUUUGUAUUGUUUAACUACUAGCUAGGUAUUCUGCGACUGAAACUAUCACGUGACCGACCAUAGUGAUUGGGAAGUAGUAAAAGAACAUUAAACUAAGGAAUUGAUAGCCAUAAAAUGUGAAUUAGGGCGCGCCAACUGGCCGCCGGCGACAUGAGAUCGACGCAACAUCACUACUGGUUUCUGUGUAUUUCUAUGGGUUUCAUUUAGCGGCUAGCGACAUGACGCUCGACUGGUCAAUUGAAAUUAGUCGACGCCGACGUCGUAUGCUCCAACUACAUGUCGUCGGCGGCCAAUUGGAGCCUUUAGCUUAGAAGUUUAGGCUCUAAGCGGCUGAUUCAAAUUAUCACACUUCCUUCAUCACAAACUCAACUGCUGCUUAAUGGCAAAACUUUGUAAUUUCCGCGAUCAUUAUACACAUUUUCACUGCAAUUACGACGAUUGAUAAGUUUCAAACUGUAUUUACUGAAUAAUAGACGAUUUGUAUAAAGUUUACACUUUCUGUACUUAUCGCUUUUGGAAAUUGUGUAUUUAUCUGAUAUACAUGUUAUACAGAGUGUUUAUAGGUUUAUUUACGUGUGUGGGCACGAGGGACGACGGAACUAGAUUUUUAACAAUUUGUCACAUUGUAAUAAAAUGUAGAAGUUUAAUCAUUAUCCAGCAUGGACAGAGGGUAUGUUACGGGUGAAUAAGUACGCUCCGUCACAACAUUUUGGAAAAAUCCUUGGGUGUAACUCUUUAAUGUGUAUAUAGCAGAGCAUUGCUAUUGCGUCAAUAUCGACUCUAUCACUUUGCAUUAGAGUUGACGGUGGCAUGGCAGCGCUCCGAUAUAUCGCAUUGCCAGGCGACCACCCUAGUCCAUCCCUCACGGACUAUACAUAAGUAAUAUACAUAAGUUAUCGUCGAGCCAAAGUGUAUGCUAAUUCUGCUGGAUGGGAUAAACCAAUAUUUACUGUUUAUCAAUAAAUAGAAUUUAAACCUUAAAUCAAUGUAGGUAGAAACUAUUCUAAGGUGUAUUUUAGCGUUCUCCUUAAAUGUUUUCAAUGUUGUUUAAAAUAAUAUUUGUAAUCGUAAUGAUGGACGAAAAACCUAAGACAAUAUAUUAUAAUAACAUUGACCAAAUAUUUGAACCAAAUAUUUGGGGAUCGAUUGGUAUCCGUUUAGAUAUACACUGCAUUUGUCGUUAAAGUCGGUAACAAUGUCAAAUUAGAUCAAAAUUAUGAUGAACUGUAUGUGUUUAAUGAAUAAAGAAUUUAUUAGAUAACAUA